AUGUUCCGUCUAAGUAGCGCAAAAUGUGUUGCCAGAUCGGUCAACCUUAUGUCUAAGCGUACCUACGCUGAAGCGGCAAGCGACUUUUUGAAGCUGCAAUUUGCCCUGCCCCAUGAAACUCUAUUUGCAGGCUCCAAGGUCACCCAAGUCAACCUACCAGCCCAAUCCGGUCAAGUUGGUAUUUUGGCGAAUCACGUGCCCACUGUUGAACAGUUAUCUCCUGGUGUUGUAGAGGUAUUUGAGGGCGGUUCUUCCAAGAAAUAUUUCGUUUCUGGCGGCUUCGCCACUGUGCAACCAGGCUCCACUCUGUCGGUGAACUCUGUCGAGGCUUUCCCAUUGGACUCCUUCUCGUCCGAACAUGUCAGAUCUCUAAUCGCUGAGGCCAACAAAAACGUUUCGUCGUCUGACGAGAAAGUUUCUGCUGAAGCUGCGAUCCAGCUCGAAGUCUUGGAGGUAUUGCAGGCCGCGCUUAGAUAA